AUGAAACAAUUUGUGGCAGUACCAGCAACCAGUCGGAGCGGCACGAUGAAGCAACCACUCAUCGGAACAUUCAUCGCUCCACCGCCAAUUCCACCAUCACUACCACAGAGUUACCGCGAAUCGGACUUUUCGAACCGGAAUUCGAUGCACACAGCUAGAUCAACACGUCUUGAAGAGUCAGUUUUUCUUCCGUUUUCUUUUUUGGAUCUUGUCCUUUUUGACGGCUCUUCGUUGUCGUCUCUCACUCGCUUAUUCAAUAAUCAGUUUACUACUUCUGUGCCCGUUUCGAACAACUCCCGACUCCAAAAAGUUUUUGGGUCGGGAGCCUCCGCGCGAUGCUCUUCGACAGAGGGAGUUCUGACAAUUUAA